CUGCACUAUAGCAUCGCGUGGGCUGCGCGCUGGGCGGGCUCGUGGUGGUCGUGCUCAUCGCCUACCUGGAGGGCCGCCGCCGCUCCGCCGCGCGCGGCUACCUCUCCAUGUGAGUACAAACUGCAACGUACACAAACACUUGUGUGUACACUGCACUAUAGCAUCGCGUGGGCUGCGCGCUGGGCGGGCUCGUGGUGGUCGUGCUCAUCGCCUACCUGGAGGGCCGCCGCCGCUCCGCCGCGCGCGGCUACCUCUCCAUGUGAGUACAAACUGCAACGUACACAAACACUUGUGUGUACACUGCACUAUAGCAUCGCGUGGGCUGCGCGCUGGGCGGGCUCGUGGUGGUCGUGCUCAUCGCCUACCUGGAGGGCCGCCGCCGCUCCGCCGCGCGCGGCUACCUCUCCAUGUGAGUACAAACUGCAACGUACACAAACACUUGUGUGUACACUGCACUAUAGCAUCGCGUGGGCUGCGCGCUGGGCGGGCUCGUGGUGGUCGUGCUCAUCGCCUACCUGGAGGGCCGCCGCCGCUCCGCCGCGCGCGGCUACCUCUCCAUGUGAGUACAAACUGCAACGUACACAAACACUUGUGUGUACACUGCACUAUAGCAUCGCGUGGGCUGCGCGCUGGGCGGGCUCGUGGUGGUCGUGCUCAUCGCCUACCUGGAGGGCCGCCGCCGCUCCGCCGCGCGCGGCUACCUCUCCAUGUGAGUACAAACUGCAACGUACACAAACACUUGUGUGUACACUGCACUAUAGCAUCGCGUGGGCUGCGCGCUGGGCGGGCUCGUGGUGGUCGUGCUCAUCGCCUACCUGGAGGGCCGCCGCCGCUCCGCCGCGCGCGGCUACCUCUCCAUGUGAGUACAAACUGCAACGUACACAAACACUUGUGUGUACACUGCACUAUAGCAUCGCGUGGGCUGCGCGCUGGGCGGGCUCGUGGUGGUCGUGCUCAUCGCCUACCUGGAGGGCCGCCGCCGCUCCGCCGCGCGCGGCUACCUCUCCAUGUGAGUACAAACUGCAACGUACACAAACACUUGUGUGUACACUGCACUAUAGCAUCGCGUGGGCUGCGCGCUGGGCGGGCUCGUGGUGGUCGUGCUCAUCGCCUACCUGGAGGGCCGCCGCCGCUCCGCCGCGCGCGGCUACCUCUCCAUGUGAGUACAAACUGCAACGUACACAAACACUUGUGUGUACACUGCACUAUAGCAUCGCGUGGGCUGCGCGCUGGGCGGGCUCGUGGUGGUCGUGCUCAUCGCCUACCUGGAGGGCCGCCGCCGCUCCGCCGCGCGCGGCUACCUCUCCAUGUGAGUACAAACUGCAACGUACACAAACACUUGUGUGUACACUGCACUAUAGCAUCGCGUGGGCUGCGCGCUGGGCGGGCUCGUGGUGGUCGUGCUCAUCGCCUACCUGGAGGGCCGCCGCCGCUCCGCCGCGCGCGGCUACCUCUCCAUGUGAGUACAAACUGCAACGUACACAAACACUUCAUCGCGUGGGCUGCGCGCUGGGCGGGCUCGUGGUGGUCGUGCUCAUCGCCUACCUGGAGGGCCGCCGCCGCUCCGCCGCGCGCGGCUACCUCUCCAUGUGA